AUCACACAGACAGCAAACUGAGCAACAAGUCAUACAUUGUGUGAGCAGAACCAGCAAGGUGUAGUAUCAUCGGUGAACCUAACUAUGUCUGGACUCAAUGUCUCCCUUGCUUACUUUCUCGCUGUUGUGGUGUUUGGUGCAGCCUUUAGAAGCCUUUUCAGAAAAUGGCCUUGUUUGAGUGUUGCAGCAGAGUUUCCGGCCUCAUAUGUGCUGGUGGCAUGCUGGCUGGAGGUGCAGACCAUUAAAGAGGUGGGCGAGUGGGCAGGAGGACUGGGUCCAGACGUGACUCUAACCAUACUGUUUUUAGUGCUGCUUACCCAUGGUGUGAUCUGUGCCGGAGCCACUGGAAACCCCUCCCUGACUCUGAUGGAUUUCCUGCUGCUGGAGACCCCUACUCUGCACACUCUGCUGGCUCUGGCUGCUCAGUUCCUGGGGGCACACCUGGCUCUGCUUGGGGCUGGCUACUACUGGGCCCUGGAGCUUAACGACAUGCACAUGAUCAAGAACCUGAUGUCAAGGGAGUGCAGCACAGCCCUGCGUGUCUCCCUGGUGCAGGGGGUCUUUUCUGAGUGUGUGUGUGCAUUCAUCUUUUAUCUGAUAUACCUCAGCCUGAAACGUCGCUCUGCGCUGAUUCGGGUUCCUCUUGUUGCAGCUGUGCUCACCUUCUUCUCCCAUUCAGCCAGUGAUUAUACCAUGGCUUUCCUGAACCCCUCCCUGGCCUAUGGCCUUACCUUCUACUGUCCCGGGUUCACCUUUACGGAGUACUCAGUGGUCUACUGGCUUGGGCCAAUUUUUGGAAUGACGCUUGCCCUUCUCCUGUACAUGGGCCACAUUCCCAGGAUUUUUACCAAGAACCUGCUGUAUUCCCAGAAAACCCACUUCCGGGUGCCAAAGGGGGAGGGAGAUAAAAAAAAGUGAAAGAAUAUAAAAAUCCUCCACCUCAGCUGAUGCAAUAACGGACCUAGAGUGCAUUAGGAAUGCAAUGCUCAAUUUUGUUCUUAUUGGGAUGUUUCAUUACGCACUGAGCACUAUUCAACAGCUGAUUCUCUCCUUAGGUUAAACUGACAAAAAGUGGUGGGCUAUAGAAUAAUAAGAUCUGUACAUGUAUGAUACAAUUUUAUAUCUCAUGUACAACAACCUGUGUUCUUUCAGAAGUAAUACAUCAAUUGAAAAUAACUAUUUUAAAUAAACAUGUGUAUUAAACAUUUAA